AUGUUCCCUCGGCUGCUGCUGGCGGCUUCUGUCGCCAUUGUACUGCAAGUUACCCGGAGCUACAAGCCGGUGAUCGUGGUGCACGGCUUGUUCGACAGCCCCGGUGACCUGCUGACGCUCCAAACUUACAUCAACCAGUCACAUCCUGGAACCAGUAUGACUAUCAUUGACCUGUUCGACCGGACACAGAGCCUGAAGUCGCUGUGGAGUCAGGUGGAAGGCUUCAAACAAGCUAUCGUCCCCACCAUGCAAAAGGCAGCCAAUGGGGUACACAUGAUCUGUUACUCCCAAGGUGGCCUGAUUUGUCGGGGAAUUCUCUCCACCAUGCCGGACCACAAUGUGCACACACUGAUCACCCUGUCAGCCCCUCUGCUCGGACGGUACGGAGAUACCGAUUACCUGAAAUGGUUUUUUCCAAAGUACGUGAAGAGCAACCUCUACCACUUCUGCUACACGCAGUUCGGGCGGUGUUUCUCCGUCUGUAACUACUGGAACGACCCUCACCAUCACGUCAUGUACCUCAACUUCAGUAACAACCUGGCUCUCCUCAACAACGAGACAAAGAACUCCAGUGCCACAGUGUGGAAGAAGGAA